UUCAGCACGCGAGAGCUGCGGCGGACAAACGCGAUUGGGCGCCGAUGAGGACGCUCGGCUUCUUCUGCAACACACAGGCGAACGGGAGCUGAGCUGACACUUUAAACCACAUGUUUAAACCAUCCCGUCGCACCGUUUUCGUAAAGAUUUCGCCCCUCGUGUAGGAAAACAGCAGCAGCCGCGGCGGUGGUAUGACUGGUUCCGUGAAGGUUUCGCUGGAAAGCUAGCGGAGCGCAACGACCGGCGACGAGGAUCCCAACGGUUAACGUUAGCUAGCAUUCUCAGUUAGCCUGUUAGCUAGCCGUUAGCUUACAAGCCGCUAAAUCAUCCGCCGGUGUACCAGCCCGUGUCGAGCCGCGUCAGCCACCCGCAAAGUGUGUCCCUGUUCGCGGUGAGCUGUGAAAUCAAAGGACGGCAGAAACAAGCGACCCGGUUAAGUUUGGGAAGAGCGGCGCCGAAACAACAAGAAGAAGAAAUAGAAGCAGCAGCAGGAGGAGAAGAAGUGUCCUCAAGUGGCCGUUCACCAUGGACAACGCACACACAAAGACCGUGGAGGAAGUUUACAGCUUUUUUAGCGUCAAUGAAAGUACAGGUCUGGGUUUAGAUCAAGUGAAGAAGCAAAAGGAGAGAUACGGACCUAACGAAUUACCAGCGGAAGAGGGUAAAUCACUUUGGGAACUGGUGAUUGAACAGUUUGAAGAUUUACUUGUGAGGAUCCUUUUACUCGCUGCCUGCAUAUCUUUUGUGCUGGCCUGGUUUGAGGAGGGAGAGGAAACCAUCACCGCCUUUGUGGAGCCUUUUGUUAUCCUUCUUAUUCUUAUAGCAAAUGCCAUUGUAGGAGUGUGGCAGGAACGAAAUGCAGAAAAUGCAAUUGAAGCACUAAAGGAGUAUGAGCCAGAGAUGGGCAAGGUGUACCGCCAGGACAGGAAGAGUGUCCAGAGGAUCAAGGCCAGGGACAUUGUGCCUGGAGACAUCGUGGAGGUGGCCGUCGGUGAUAAAGUUCCUGCAGACAUCCGGCUGACCUCCAUCAAAUCAACCACCCUGAGGGUAGAUCAGUCCAUUCUUACAGGAGAGUCGGUGUCUGUGAUCAAGCACACUGACCCGGUUCCUGACCCUCGUGCUGUCAACCAGGACAAGAAGAACAUGCUCUUUUCUGGCACCAACAUUGCAGCUGGCAAGGCCGUCGGUGUGGUGGUGGCCACCGGUGUCAACACAGAGAUUGGCAAGAUCCGAGAUGAGAUGGCAUCGACAGACCAGGAGCGCACGCCGCUGCAGCAGAAGCUGGACGAGUUCGGUGAACAACUAUCCAAGGUUAUUUCUCUGAUCUGCAUUGCUGUGUGGAUCAUCAACAUCGGCCAUUUCAACGAUCCUGUCCAUGGAGGCUCCUGGAUCCGCGGGGCUGUCUACUACUUCAAGAUUGCAGUGGCUCUGGCAGUCGCUGCAAUCCCUGAGGGCCUGCCUGCUGUCAUCACCACCUGCCUGGCCUUGGGAACACGCCGCAUGGCCAAGAAAAAUGCCAUCGUCCGCAGUUUGCCCUCUGUGGAGACUCUUGGCUGCACCUCUGUCAUCUGCUCUGACAAGACCGGCACGCUGACCACCAAUCAGAUGUCCGUCUGCAGGAUGUUUAUAGUUGACCAGGUGGAGGGCGAUAAGUGCUCCCUGAAAGAAUUCACCGUCACUGGCUCCACAUACGCCCCCGAUGGAGAAGUGUUCCAUGAUGGCAAAGUAGUGAAAUGCUCGCAGUAUGACGCCUUGGUGGAGUUGGCCUCUAUCUGUGCUCUCUGUAACGAUUCCUCUUUGGAUUACAAUGAGGCCAAAGGAGUUUAUGAGAAAGUGGGUGAGGCCACAGAGACGGCUCUCACCUGCCUGGUAGAGAAGAUGAAUGUGUUUGACACAGAUGUUAAGGGCCUAUCCAAGAUUGAGAGAGCCAACGCCUGUAACUCUGUCAUCAAGCAGCUUAUGAAGAAGGAGUUUACCUUGGAAUUUUCCCGAGACAGGAAGUCCAUGUCUGUAUACUGCACCCCUAACAAGGCCCGCUCCUCCAUUGGCAAGAUGUUUGUCAAGGGCGCCCCUGAGGGAGUGAUUGACAGGUGCACCCACAUCCGUGUGGGCAGCAACAAGGUGCCUUUGACCCCUGGGAUCAAGGAGAAGGUGAUGUCAGUGAUCAGGGAGUACGGGACAGGCAGGGACACCCUGCGCUGUUUGGCUCUGGCCACCCGAGACAAUCCCAUGAGGAAGGAGGACCUGGUGCUAGACGACUCGGCCCGUUUCAUUGAUUAUGAGACUGACCUGACGUUUGUCGGCUGUGUGGGCAUGUUGGACCCUCCCAGGGCAGAAGUGGCAGCCUCUAUCAAACUGUGCCGAUUGGCCGGCAUCCGAGUGAUCAUGAUCACUGGAGAUAACAAAGGGACGGCGGUAGCCAUCUGCAGACGUAUUGGCAUUUUUGGCGAGGAUGAUGACGUUUCCAGCAUGGCUUUCACUGGCCGGGAGUUUGACGAUCUGUCACCUGCAGCACAGCGGGAAGCUGUGGUCAAGGCCCGCUGCUUUGCCCGUGUCGAGCCUUCCCACAAGUCCAAGAUUGUAGAGUUUCUGCAGUCCUAUGAUGAGAUUACUGCUAUGACUGGGGAUGGAGUGAACGACGCUCCUGCUCUGAAGAAGGCUGAGAUUGGCAUUGCGAUGGGAUCCGGCACAGCAGUGGCAAAGACCGCCUCUGAGAUGGUGCUGGCUGACGAUAACUUUGCCACCAUCGUAGCCGCGGUAGAGGAAGGGAGAGCGAUUUACAAUAACAUGAAGCAGUUCAUCAGAUACCUCAUCUCCUCAAAUGUCGGAGAGGUCGUCUGUAUCUUCCUGACUGCGGCGCUGGGUUUCCCUGAAGCCCUGAUCCCUGUUCAGCUUCUCUGGGUCAACCUGGUGACCGACGGUUUGCCUGCCACUGCCCUCGGCUUCAACCCCCCCGACCUCGAUAUCAUGAACAAACCCCCUCGCAACGCCCGGGAGCCCCUCAUCUCCGGGUGGCUCUUCUUCAGAUACCUGGCUAUCGGAUGUUAUGUUGGUGCUGCCACUGUCGGUGCUGCUGCCUGGUGGUUUGUUGCUGCUGAGGACGGUCCAAGGAUCACAUUUUACCAACUGAGCCACUUCCUGCAGUGCGGUCCAGAAAAUCCAGACUUCAAGGGUCUGGACUGUGAGCUGUUUGAGUCGCCCUACCCCAUGACCAUGGCCCUGUCGGUGCUGGUCACCAUCGAGAUGUGUAACGCCCUCAACAGUGUGUCAGAGAACCAGUCCCUGCUGCGAAUGCCUCCCUGGGAGAAUGUGUGGCUGCUUGGAGCCAUCUGCCUCUCCAUGUCCCUUCACUUCCUCAUCCUCUAUGUGGAGCCUCUUCCAAUCAUCUUCCAGAUCACGCCUCUGAACCUGACGCAGUGGCUGAUGGUGCUGAAGAUCUCACUGCCUGUCAUCCUGCUGGACGAGAUGCUCAAGUUCGCCGCCAGGAACUACCUGGAGCCCGGUAAAGAGCUGGAGAAGCCGGCCGGCACCAAAGGCUGCUCCCUGUCUGCAUGUACGGAGGGCAUCUCCUGGCCCUUCGUGGCCAUCGCGCUGCCCUUGGUGCUCUGGAUCUACAGCUGCGACACUAACAUGGCCGACAUGUUCUGGUCCUGACUGACUUGAGCACAACCUUGACUUUUCCAUCUCCCCUCCCUCCCUCCCUCUCCCUCCCCCCACCGCCACUCCCCCACUCGUCCUCUCCCUCCUCCCUCUCUGCCUUCCUACGUGUGCAUAGCUAGUGUGUGUGCGUGUUUGUAGACUUAGAGUGUGUGUGCCUGCCGAGUGUGCACGAGAAGGACCAAGUUUAACACACAAACCGUAACGAGUAAUAUAAAAAAUGUAACGUUGAAAAGUCAUGUUUUUUUUUGUUUUUGUUGUUUUUGUUUUGUUUUUUUAAGUAAGAUUUGUGAAUGGGUGAGGCUUUAAUGCAAGUGUUAGACGACCAUCACUCCCGUAGCUGUGGACGUUUUCGCUGGUUUAAACGAAAAUACUGUUAACAUGUUAUCAUACUUUUUUUUUUUUUUUUUUCUUUUUUCCAACAAUGCCUUUUUAAAUUUGUAUUUUUGAAGAUUGGGAAUUAUCAUUUUUUUCACUACAGUAACAACUAGGUUUUGAUUUUGUUUUGUUAAGCAUCCCUUUUUCAUACAAAACAGAGAUAUUUAAAAGCAGUCCAUUGACCUGUACAGAGAUUGAAUUUAUGCAAAUCUUUUUUUUUCUGUUUUUGUUUUUUGUUUUUUUUCCUUUGUAAAUCGUUUUACCAGCGUGGCUUAGACGGAACGCCUUGAUUUAUUUUCUAAUGUUUACCAUUGUGUCUUCAGUAUAAACUCUUUCAGAGUGGACAAGCUCCAUGUGGCAGAGGAGGAUGAGGAAAGGUCUGGGAGUGAACGUUUUAAAGCACCACUAAACAAACAAAAAAACACAAAAAAAAAAAGGAAAAAGAGGAAAAAAAAAGUCCUGAAAAUGAAAGCUGCAUGUUCUGUGACCAAGCAUGAACUGUAUGUGGUUUUUCAUUCCUAAUUUAAUUGUGUACGUCCCCAUGUUAGUGUAUAAAUGACCUUGAUGGAUGUCUGUUUUUUUUUGUUAUGAUUUGAGAAGCCAGUUUUUCUGCACUAGGCAGAGCACAGCUACCUCAAUACAAAACAUUUUUUUUGCUCAUCUCUAGAUGCUUCCCCUCAUGGCUUUCCACAGUCAACACUUACAUCCUAACUACAGCGUAACAUCUGAGGUGUGCCCCCAAUUGCUUGUGCAGAAAACAAAGAACAAAAUCAUCCUUCCCCUCUGGCCUUUUUAAGGAUAUAUUGUUUCUAUUUUUAAUUGAUUUGACGUUCAUUAACUUUAUUUGUGUUGUGUUUCUGAGGCAGAACUGGGUGGGGAUGAAGUAUGUUAAUAUUACCAUCUCCAUGGGGUAUGGGGUUUGAUUCAAAGGAGUGUAAUGUCGAAAAGUAAAAAAUAAAUACUAUAAUAAUACUAAUGCUUUAGACAUAAACUUUGAUUGCAAAUGAGACCCCAAAUAUGUUUUUUUUCUACUUCAAGGAAAAAUACAUUCAUGAACCCUUUGAAUCAAAGUGUUUUUUGUCUUUAUUUAACAGGGCUGAGGUAAAUGGUUUUGCCAGAUCAUUUCUCUUCAGUGUUUUGUUUUGUUUUUUUGGUAUGUGCAUACAAUACUUGAAUACAGAUCAUUUACAGACUGAUGAAUGCUUCAUGUUUACUUGGCACAACAUGGCGGGCAGGGGAUAUUUGUGAUACAGAAACCAAAUCUAGUGUAUUUUUGACCCUUUCAGAGGCUUUAAUGUGUAGGGGUCUCGAUUUGUACCGGGCAUUCUGCACCCUGUGGUAGUAAAUUCAUGCUGCAGCCGAGUCCCUACAGCUCCAGCUCUGCUCUCGGGCCACUUAGGCUUUAUUUUGUAUGGAAAGAGCCUCGUGCGGCGAAACGCUCCUGGUUUGAAAGCAUGGCGUGUUUUUUUGGAAGAAGCCUGGGUUUGUUCUCACUGUGUGUCUGUGAUUCACCUGUAACAACUGUGUGCUUUCUCCUUCAAUGCCUUCCACUGGCCCCCCUGUCACUAGAGUUGGCUCUCGUAAAGCUUCCAUUCCUCGCAAUUCAGAGUAGCACAGCGGCUGGAAUCCGCCUACAGUCCAGCGCGUGUGUGCGCGCUCUCUCUCCGAAACUCAACACACCUCAGAGACCGCGCUGACCAGCAGUGUGUGUGUGUGUAUCCUGCUCGUAAAGACUUCAAAGGCAGGUUUUCAUAAUAAAUGAUGCCAAAAAAGACCAAAUACAUACGGAUAUAUUGACUAUUUAAAAGUUGCUGGACGUGGAGCAUGUUCCCCACCGCCCCAUCACCGCAACACACAGACACACACACACACACACACACACACACACACACACAACAUUAUUCCAGUUUUGUGUGCAGGGAAACUCCUUAAUAACCCCUCGGCAUUCCUCCUUGCAUGAACGACUUACUCCAAACCUCCAUGGUUCCUUGACACUCGGAAAAACUUUGAAAACACUGGGUUUGAUCGGUCACUGCUGUAUAUCAGUGUAUAAUAAUCAUGCAUGUGUUUCAGCUGUAUGUAGGCUUUGCAAUUUAUAUUUAUAGAUUAUAAUGUACAAGCUCCAAAAUAUUACAUGACGGCAGAUGGUUUUACAGAGGAAGAUAUAUAUAUAUUAGGGAAUCACUGUUUUUAUUACUAUACUGCUUUUUGGGGAAUUUGCACAACGUGUGACAUGAAGAAGUGACUCAUACUAAGAACUUGACUGUGGUCUUCUACUUGAGUUUGAACUGUUUUUGUUUUUUAUUUUAUUUUAUUUUUCCUCUCACGACUGUGGGCCAAAUCGCUGAUCUAUUUCCUUACGAGACGGACACUUUGAUUCAUCGGUAUCCUGCAAUACAACAGUGUUCUCCUGUACCUGUCGAGUGUUUUCUUUCUUGUCUCCGCAUCACUGUCAUCAUGUAUCUUUAUCGACUGCAGUAAAACUGUGAUCUAACGUGAGGGGGGGGCCCGUAUCGCCCCCCCCCUCAGAAACACCAUGUCGAAGAACAAUAUCGAUAACCAUAUGUUUAAAAAAAAAAAGAAAAAAAAGAAGAAGAAGACGAUCAUUAUUGAUGUCGAAUAAUGAUUGUACAUGCAUUACUGAGAUUGUGGUUUCAGGUAAAUAAAACAUAUUAUGGUCUUUAAA